AACUAGGAGCAGUGACAAGAAGCCAUGUCACGCUCCGUGGACUCAAGAAGUACCCACAAAAACAAAUUCAACCCACUUUUCCAGGUGCACCCGCGAGCAGAUGCCAUUCGCUCCCAGCUGAUCUACAUCUUUUAUUUGAUUGACCACCUGCGAGGGCUAAGCCAUGCUGUCCCACGGCACAAUAUUCGGGAUUUCUUAGAUGGGAAGAAGCUAAAGAAGUUGAUGCUCACAGACCACCACCAGCUGGUGCGCUUCAACAUCAUGCCCAGCCGGAACAUUCUGGUCACUGACGAGCAACGCUGGCGCAACCGCAUUCAGGUGCGCUGCAGCUACUGGCCCCCGUUGACCAUGUGGGCAUAUUCAGUUUUGAACAGCCAAGUGUUUAAGGGCUUCAUCAUCUUCCUCAUCCUCUUGAACAUGCUGGUCCUCAUGAUCUCCACGGAGAUUUUGAACAAGACCGAGGAUCACUUUGUGAAAGCGAAGAUUGCUCUGGAAGUCAUCAUAUGGGUCAUUGUCCUCAUCUUUAUCAUUGAGAUUGGGAUGCACUGUUGCAUCAGCUUCCACAAGUAUUGGCAAAACUCUUGGAACAUAUUUGACUGCACUGUCACCAUCAUCACCUUUAUUCCCGAACUCUUUUACCUUACACACAAAACCCACACCGUGGCAGGCUUACGGAUCCUUCAGGUUUGCCGCGUGCUGCGCUGCUUGAAGCUCUUCCCGAGACUCCAGCAAGUCAGAGUUCUCAUCAUGGCCAUUGCCAAAGCCUUGAAAGCGAUGGCUUUCAUCCUGGUGCUCUUAAUCUUCUUCUUCUAUGUCUUUGCUGUAUCGGGCAUUUUCUUUUUUGAGAGCUACAGUCGCUCUGAGCGGGAUGACCUAACGUUCAGCAUGUAUUUCACAGAUAUGCCCAACGCUUUGGUGACUAUUUUCAUCCUCUUCACGAUGGACCAUUGGUACGCUCUGUUGCGAGAUACAUGGAAAGUCCCAGAGAUCAACAAGGUCAUCAGUGGCGUGUUCGUCUGCCUCUGGCUUCUAAUUGGGGCAUUCAUUUUCAGGAACCUCAUUGUGGCCAUCAUGGUCACCAAUUUCCAGAAUAUUCGAAAUGACCUGAGCGAAGAAGUGGAGCAGAUAGAGACUCAGCAGCAAGCAGACAAAUUUAAGAUGGAGAUUAUGGAGCAAAGACACAGCCUGCCUCAGUCACAGCUCGAGGGAGCCAACAGAAUGCCAGAGAGUUAUGCAGAGACACCGUCAACACGUCCACCUGCAGAGAAUCAUGUUCACACCUCACAUGAACUCUAUAAUGGGGAUUUGGACUGGGAGACCUACAUCCACAAGAACCUGCCAGGACUCUAUGAAGCUGAUGAUGAUGAGAAAGUCGUGUGGCCCAGGGAUUCCCUCUUCCGCUACUUUGAGCUGCUAGAGAAGCUGCAGUACAACCUGGAUGAACGGAAGCAACUGCAGCAUUAUGCCGUGCUGGCUUUAUCCAAUCUGGAGGAUAAGUAGUGGGCGCUGGAGGCUGAUGAUCCUUGCCUGACCCCAAAUAAGCACAGGUUCUAAAUAUGGCAGGAUACUAAUACUAAAUUCAGAGGUUUGUUUGUAUUAAAGAAUCUUAAAGACCACAGUUUGUGCUUGAUGACUUA